AGUUCUGCUUUGCAUUACUUGACCUGAUCCUUCAUCCCUGAUCCACGCGAACCGCGUUGCGUCAAGAUGCGCAAUUUUGAUUUCCUCGACGCCGAGUACGCCAUCAGCGGCACGCGAUCGGAUGAGGCCAGAGUGAGCCCCGAUGCCAUUGAUCUCGGGCUAUCCAACUCUCUUGUGGUCCCGCAAGUCGAUCGGCCCUCCUCGUUUCUUCGCGAUGCCUUUGCAAAUGUCCCGGAGAAGGACAGAAUUCGCUUUGCUCAUGGAACGACAACCCUCGCGUUUAGCUUCAAAGGCGGCAUCAUCGUAGCGGUCGACUCUCGCGCGAGUAUGGGACAAUACAUUGGAAGCGGAACGGUCAAGAAGAUCAUCGAGAUCAACCCUUACUUGCUGGGUACCAUGGCGGGUGGCGCUGCAGAUUGCAGCUUCUGGGAGAGGGACCUUGGCCGACGGUGCAAACUUUAUGAACUGCGCAACAAGGAGCGUAUCUCUGUUGCGGCUGCCUCAAAAUUGCUUGCAAAUACAGUGUAUUACUACAAGGGCAUGGGACUGUCUAUGGGGACUAUGAUAUGCGGGUGGGACAAAACUGGACCGAGUAUCUUCUACGUGGACUCCGACGGCACGAGGCUGAAGGGCAAAAUGUUUUCCGUCGGAUCUGGGUCCACAUUCGCGUAUGGUGUGCUCGACCAGGGGUAUUCUUAUGACAUGAGCGACGAAGAGGCCAUCACCCUUGGCCAGAAGUCCAUCUACCACGCCACACAUCGUGACGCUGCGUCAGGCGGUGUAAUUAACUUAUACCAUGUGAAGGAAGACGGCUGGGUGAAGAUUUCAUCAGAGGAUAUGAUGGUACAGCAUCGUGCCAGGAUGGCACAAAUUAAGGCGGAGAAUGAAACUUCCGCUGCGGUGGUGGCCGAACCAGCCGCCGCAUAGGGAUCAAUAAUACUCACUUUUUGAAUAAAGAAAGUUGUGCUGUACAUUGUAGAUUGUUCAGAUUCAA